UAGGUAGGUAGGUAUGUACACGUCCAAAUUCCCAGGAUGCUGCACCUGUAUUACCUUAUCAUCACCACUAUUACUUCUAUAUUCACAAGGAGCCAUCAUGACUAACUCCAAUUUCUUAUGAUGCUGUCGCUUCCACCAUGGCUUCCGAACCUCAAAGCGACAAGAACUCGCAAAAGGCAUUCGAUGCCGGGCCCUUCGUACUUCGUACCCUCUUCGCAGACGUUCCACUAUCGGAAGAUGGAACAAGGGACGAUAUAAAGAUUAACUGUGUCGAAUAUCUAGAUAACCACUUAUACGUAGGCACGUCCGACUCGGAACUUCUUCACUUCUUUCAGAUACCCCCAGAUCCUGCAGACAAAUCGAGCGCCCCGACCUUCAUCCUCGCCUCAAGGCUGCGCCCUGCUUUCGCCGAAUCAGCAGCAGCGUCUAACUGCACGAGACCUGGUGUCCAGCAAAUACUAUUGCUGCCAACCGUCAACAAGGCUUGUAUUUUAUGUAACUGGACAGUCACCUUCUAUUCGCUCCCAGAAUUAAGCCCGGUCUUUGGCGGAACACAGGUCAAGAAUUGUAACUGGGUAGGUGGAAUAGACCUCAAUGAGUUGACUGCUAGCCAAGAUGGACGGGAAGGGCCCACAGGCGUCACCAUCUUGUUGUCGCUUAACCGGAAGAUCCAGGUGGUCAACAUAGCCGAUAGGGCUCAUCCUAUCAAAAAGAUCGACUUUGCGGGAAGCACAAUUUCUAUAAGGAGAGACUCCAUUGCUUGCGUAGCGGACUCGCGCAGCUAUGCCUUGCUCGAAAUUAAUCACCAAUUGAAGAUACCCUUGAUGUCAAUAUCAUCACUGGAUGAGGCCGAGCCAGGGAAUAUUAUUGGCCAAGCCCAACAUAUUUCCGGGAGUUCAGGAGGUGGGUUAAAUCGCAGCAAUUCUUCCGCACAAUCUCGCUCGCAGACUGAGAGUCCUGAACCUCCUACUCAUAGGCGGGGAACCAGCUUGGGUGACUUCAUCACGGGUGCCAAUCGGAGACAGGAAUCUCAUGCCGCCGAGGACGAAGACCCAAUCUCGCGACAACCAACUCCGUCUGAAUUAACGGCGGGCCAAUCCCCUCCUGAGGACCCAAAUAGCCCAGCACCAGACAGAGCCACAGAGGGCCAAACAGGCCGAACCAUUCCCACUUCUAGGCCUAAGCCGGGUCUUCUGAAACCGCUUAUCGUAUCUCCAACGCCAGAAGAGUUCCUGUUGGUCACAGGUACAGAUCCGCUAGAGCCGGGCAUUGGAAUGUUUGUAAACUUGGAUGGCGAUCCAACAAGGCCUACCAUUGAGUUUGAUCGAUAUCCUAAGGAGAUUGUCGUUGAUGGAGGUCCUAUAGAUACAUCCUCAACGCGGGCGUCCCCCGCUCCGGAAGAGGAGGGAUUUGUCCUUGCAUCAAUGGGGAGAGACUUCUCUGAUGGUAUUCAUUAUGGUCUUGAGAUUCAACGCUGGGAUAGUGACGCAGCCGAGGGCGAGGUCUCAAAACAUUGGCUCGAGCCUCCAAUUGCUGACCCGUCUGCCAACUCUGCACAGAACAUAGGAAUUCGAUCAUUGCGGGGGAUAGAUGAUACACACUUCCCAGAAAUUGUCGACAAAUUGUGUCGGCGGAGAUUUGCUCCGUUUUUAUCAGAUAACUCAAACGCUUCGACAAUGUCUCUGCGAACUUGUGAUUCUAGAACAGCCUCUUCUAUAGAGAGGGUGUCUAAAGAGAGGGAGCUUUUUGAUAGGGAUACUGAUUCUCAGAGUGAAGAAUUCUUUCCCGAUGGUUGGCAGGCGACACGUAACGCCGAAGAGGAAGAUUAUGCUCGCCGCCUCGCAGGAAGUACUGCUCGCUUGGCUGUGUGGUCUGGAAAGGAUAUAUGGUGGGCUAUUCGAAAUCCAUUAAUAUUACGGUUAGAUGCUCAGCUAGAAGCGACGGUCUCGGCAUUGAAACAGGCAUCUACUGAGCGACAAGACUUGUUCACUAUCCUGAAUUCCUUCCGAGGUCAGGACGCUAAAUCGGAGUUAGAGUUUCUAACAUUUAACUAUAUACGACAACGAGCAGGUGUACUCUUAUUAACGAGCUUCCUAAAGUUAGAAGAUACCCCUUUCUCGGAAUCGGAGCUCCGAGCCAUGGAAGAGAUCUUAGUUGAUAGCCUUCUUGACCCUCGAGUUGUUCUAUCUCUAACAGCUGGAGCUCGUAACGAGGUAAUCGAGACGAAACGAGGCAUCUGGAUAUUUGGAGGUGUCAAAUCGACUGCUGAGGAAUUCAUCUCGAAUAGGGACUUCGAUAAGGGUAACUCAACUAUGAGCACAUUACCACUGUCUGUAUUGCAUUUUCUUAGGCGUUUUCUUGCUGCAUGGCGACGUAAAAAGGGCUUUGGUAGUAUACCGGACGAAAGCGAGGUUUUCCGUACAGUUGAUGCGGCUCUACUUGCCGUCCUCCUUGAGCUUGAUCAACAUUCGACCACAGGUCCAGCCAAAGCAAGGUCGAUCCGUGCAGAUUUAUACGAGCUUGUAGAUACGGGGGUCGAUUGUUUCAACAGAGCAGAGACAUUGAUCGAAUCCUACCACCGUCUCUAUGUGCUUAGUAGGCUCUACCAGAGUCGUAAGAUGGCAGGGGAAGUUUUGGCUACUUGGAAACGCAUCAUCGAAGGCGAGCGGGAUGACGGGGGUGAAUUAACCGACGGCGAACAGCGAGUACGCGAAUAUCUCUCGAAGAUUAGCAACCAAAGCCUAGUUCAGGAAUAUGGUAUCUGGCUUGCGAAUCGAAACCCGAAGCUUGGAGUCCAGAUCUUCGCCGACGAUAAAGGCCGUGCCCCGAAAUUUGAGCCUACCCAAGUAGUUCAACUCCUCAGAGAAGAGGCCCCGGGUGCGGUAAAGUAUUAUUUAGAGCACCUGGUGUUCGGUAAGGGCCAUACUGUAUACGUAAACGAGCUGAUUAUGUAUUACCUGGAUAUCGUGAUCACUCGCUUUCGGACGUCGUCUGAAGCUCGAGAUGUAGUGACGUCUACGUAUACGGCAUACCGUGCUCUGCAGCCUCCUAAACCCACGUACCGCCAAUUCUUGACUGACAACGCUCCUGCCGAUGACGAGGCGUGGGUUAGUCGGCUACGGCUCUUGCAGUUGCUUGGUGGCAACCAUGACUUUGAUUUGGCAGUUAUCAGGAGCCGAAUCGCAAGUUUGAACACCGCGGCUGAAGACCUUCUUGUACCUGAGACCAUAAUACUCGACGGCCGAGAACGUAAGCACGAAAACGCACUGCGCUUAUUGGUCCACCAUCUCGGAGACUACGAUACGGCCGUGGCCUACUGCCUCCGCGGCGGCUCCAGCAUCUACACGAUCUACCAAGCCCAACAAAACCAACCGCCCACAAACCCGGAGGCUCCUAAAGCGCCAACGCGCCGCGACAGCAUGCCACCGACGCAAGAUCAGCAGGCCCGGCUUUUCCGCGCCUUGCUUGGCGAGUUCCUCAAACUAGAGGAUAUCAGCGACCGCUUGGAUCAGACGGGUUUGCUCUUGGAGAAAUUCGGGGGAUUCUUCGACGUCAACGAUGUCUUGUCAGUAAUACCCGAUAGCUGGAGCGUGGAUUUGGUCGCGGGUUUCUUGGUGAAAGCACUCAGACGGAUCGUAGUCGAGAAGAACGAGACUACGGUGGCGAGGUCGCUUAGCUCGUCACAGAACCUCCAGACGCAACACGACUUGAUCAUGCGGAUCCAAGAGAAAGGGCCUAGCAUUGAGACAUAGGGGUAAUGAUGUUCGUAUAAUGACUAUGUUCUUUGGAACGUGGUUAGUUUCUUGGCUGGCCCUUCGCUGCGAUUGCUUGAUGCGCCGUUCCUUGUACAAUUUAUACCCUAUCUACGUUCGAAUUCCGUUGUAGCAAAUUAAACGCUCGCUUCGGGUCUCUAUUCAGCUUCACAUCUGUCUCGAGCUAGGCUUGUGGCCUCGGUUAGAUCACAUUAAAUCGGGCCCCUAUUCCCCUAUUCAUUAUUUACGAACAAUGUCGGUUUAUUAUUUGCCAUCAAG